ACGAACUUGCACUUCAUUUCCUUCACCAACGUGUCUUCAGUCUUCAAAGCUCACCAUCAACAGCAUGUCUGAUUCAGAAAGCUCAAGCCACGCCGUUAGCCCCAAGGUUGGCACCGUUGCAAGACCGCCAGGUGCACAAGUUCGGCGGAGAGCUGCAAACACGCAGGUAAAACCGAAUUCAUCGCGUGCAGCAGGAGCUGGCGGUUCUUCGGGGACAAUGCUGAAACUCUACACUGACGACUCACCAGGGCUGCGAGUAGACCCUUAUGUCGUCCUCAUUCUCUCGUUGGCGUUCAUUGGAUCUAUCUUCUUUUUGCAUAUUUCCGCUAAAAUUAUCCGGUCAUUCACCAAGUGAUAGUCUCGUAAUGGACA